UUUGUUUUACUUGGUUUAGAAAACAACAAGUGAGAUGUCAGGGACAAUCAAGCUUAGAGGAAAGGGGAAAGACAACCUGGUGAAGACUAGAAGAGAGCACAUAUAGAGAAAGAGAGAGAGAGUCUCAGAGACCUGUCCUGAAGCAGGUGGUGGUUAAGGAUAAUCCAGGCCAGGCACAAAUUGAAGGAAAUGUACUGCUCCCUGUGAAGUAAAGACUAAGUAUUUUGACCGAAGAGGAUCCAAGAAACAGUGGACGAUAAAGAAAAACAAACCCUUACUCUGAUAUAUCCCACAUAGAAUGUAGCUGCGCCUUUGUAUCUCUCUCCACGUCCUCUUCCUACGACAAGAUUCACAGCACUAUGGGAGAAGUCCAAAAGGGUUUGUUUUCAGUCAUUGAGAAGCUAAAAGGCACUACAGAGCAAGAGCUGCGGAUAGUGCUACUUGGUCUUGAUAAUGCUGGAAAAACCACUUUGUUAAAACAACUCGCCUCGGAAGAUGUGAACACCAUCACUCCAACUCAGGGAUUCAACAUUAAAAGCGUGACCUGUGAUAGCAUGAAGCUGAAUGUGUGGGACAUUGGAGGACAGAGGAAGAUUCGACCAUUUUGGAAAAAGUACCUGGAGAACACAGAUUUAUUGAUUUAUGUGAUUGACAGCGCAGACAAAAAGAGAUUUGAGGAAACAGGACUGGAGCUCUCAGAGCUCAUCGAUGAGGAGAACCUCAAGGGUGUGCCAUUGCUCAUCUUUGCCAAUAAACAAGACCUGGCCACAGCCUCUCCGGCCAGUGAGAUCGCCGAGGGCCUCAACCUGCACACGUACCGGGACAGAGAGUGGCAGAUCCAGGCCUGUUCCGCCGUAUCUGGGGAGGGUGUACAGGAUGGCAUGAACUGGAUCAGUAACAAUAUUGUAAAUAAGAAAAAAUGAAUAUGCUCUCUCCCAAGUGUUAUUUUGUACAAUUUUUGUGAUUCUUCUGUUAAUGUAAACCAAGUAUAACAUAUUUACUUCAGAAAACUCUUUUUGUAAUUAUAUUAAUGAAAAUUUGGAGGGACUGGCAUGAAAACAACAAAAUAGAUCAUUUUCCCCUCUCUUAUCUUUUAUGCUCUUGCUGAGAGUUUUUGUUGCUCUCUGACAGAACAAGCUUUCUUUCAAAUCUGAAAAUCAUGUUUUCACUAUCAUGUUUUUGAGAAAUAUGACAUACCAGAGCAUAAAUAAUGCACACAAGUAAGAUUUGCAGCCUAAAAUGAGGAAGAGGCAUCCGUACGUCAAUCACUAAUAUAUAGUCUUCUUAAGCUGUUUUGAUCCACACCGGAGAAAUAUUUUAAACAGAGCAAAACUCUUGUACUUUGUGUAAAAUGAAUUUUUCCUUUUUUUUUUCAUUUUUCCUUUUUUUGUCUCAUUACGAAUGUAUUUGGUAGUUUCAAUGAAUAUCUUGUGUGGACAUCUUGUGUAUGAUUAUGUGAAAUCAAAUUGUGAAAUUAAAUUUUCUCUAGUUGUUUAA